CACUUUGCAGUUCAACCCAAAUUUUCAACAACACUAACAAAUUCAACACAAAUUAUAUGCCAAGAGCUCUCUCGUCUAUCGUCUCCCUCCCUCUCUCCCCGACGUGCAGCAGCAGAGGCCCAUCCGUAAUCUGCCAUCUCCGAUCGGCUCUUUCUCUGGCUGAUUGCCCACUCCGAUUGGUAAAAUUGUGGAACUAAGUCCUUAUAUUUUUCUAUUGGGCCGCCUUUUUAGUUAUGACAGGCUAUGGCUUCUCUAUUCAAGGAUCCAAACAAGCUUUCAGCAUAUCGUUAUAGAAGAUUUUCAGGGACACAAGAAGAAUUUGAUCAUACACUCCAGACCUCGACAACCGUUUAUGUUGGGAAUAUGUCCUUCUAUACAACCGAAGAGCAAGUUUAUGAACUAUUCACUCGUGCUGGAGAAAUAAAAAAGAUAAUCAUGGGUUUGGACAAGAACACAAAAACUCCUUGUGGCUUCUGCUUUGUUUUAUACUACUCUAGAGAAGACACUGAGGAUGCUGUCAAAUAUAUAAGUGGAACGAUUCUUGAUGAUCGUCCAAUUCGUGUGGAUUUUGAUUGGGGUUUCCAAGAAGGAAGGCAAUGGGGGCGUGGUCGAAGUGGUGGACAAGUGCGGGAUGAAUAUCGCACUGAUUAUGAUCCUGGCAGAGGUGGCUAUGGAAAAUUGGUUCAGAGAGAGUUGGAAGCACAAAGACAGCUUGUAGACUAUGGUGCUGGAUCAUUGGGCUCUUUCCCACCAGUUAUGCCAUCACAUUAUGGUAGGCACGGAGGAAGCCAUGGUCACGGGGGUUCUCAUCGACAAAGUAGAGAAUACCAUUGGAAGCGACACCGUGAGGAUGACUGCCAUCCACCAGAGAUGUCAAGAAAAACUUCAGAUCAUGAAUCUAGGAGAAACUCUGACCCUGAUUCUCGACCGGUAAUUUAUUAUUGGUUUGUGUAUUUCUUCUGCUCUCCUACGUUCUUUUAUACCAACAAUUGUUGUAACUUGUAAUUGCCGAAUUGUUGCAAAUGGCACAUUGCAUCAGAAUUUAUAUGUUUCUGUUUGAAUGGAAGUGAAACCUGUGAAACCUGCUAAAACUUUUUUUUGCUGAAAUGGCAUCAAUGCCUUAUCAUUAGCAAAAAUGGUGGAAUUGCCACCAUUGCGGACAAUGUUAACGCUGUCCAUGUUUAGGUGGUGAAGUUCUGAAUUCAUGGUCUUCCUGUUCAUAUUUCAACAUUCUUUUUGAUGCUACAGGAAAAGAAUCCACGUUUUCGAGAAAGCGGCGACUCUGAUGAUGAUGAUGAUGAUGAUCGGAAGCGAUGACCAUAGUCAGUUUGCUUUAUAUUUUUCAGUCAAAAAAUAAGUGACUAAAAUUUUUGCAUCCUUGUUGAAAGAGCUGCAGCCCAAAUUGUAUAGGAGGCUGAAUCAAGUAAUCUUCUUGAGGGAACUUUGAUGCAAUGGAUGCUUAUUUUUCAGCGGCUAUCAUCUGUGUGUUAUAAUGAUAAGAUGAGCAAAUGCCAAUCAGCAAUUUUAGCAUGGUGCUUUGACUUCAGAAAUAUGUUUGAGCUAUGGUCAUUGGCUCAUCCUAAACAGCAACAGAAACUCUUUUGAUUUAUGAUUUUGAACUGACUAGGAACUUGUUUCAGCAGCACUGGGACCCUGUCCUCUGGAUGGCCUGGAUUUUUUUUUUAGUUACUGAAAAUGUAAUUGAGACUGUAAGGUGGCCAUCAUGUGUGGUCUGUCUGGAAUUUUUGAGCUUGCUUAGAAUUUAUGGCGUCUUUGAUUUUUCCCUCAA